AUGUAUUUUUGCAGAAGAGGAGAUAUGCCUCAGCAUGUGGAAAACACUUACACUAAUCAGUUCAAAGUCGAGCGUCAGGAGGUUAGUGGGGUUAAUUGGACUCGUCCCCCCUACUGCGCUGAUCGCGUUAGCCAGCGAAACCUGGCAGGACGAAACCCACCCCAUUUUAAAAGAACAAACCUUCGUGAAGACAACUCCUACGUAAAUGCAAACAACCAACGGGACAACAACUCGCCAAACAUGGGGCAAAAGAACGCAAAAGCAAACAACGAAGGAAUUUUUCACCUCAGUAACGAUGCAUAUAAUAGCAGGUACAGUAGUAACCUCCCCUACAAUCAUACCGGUGAAAUGAACCCAAGAAAUUACAACUUUAGCAAUAUUAAAAUCGUGGAGGAUGAAGAAAACUACAGUUGCAGCAUGAACCCCAUGAGCAAUGUCGUUGGUGGGAAAAUGGGAAACCAUCCUAACGGCAGUACCCUAGACCAUCGAAAGUUCCAACUCAAAGGUGAUGAUAUGGGUGCAGACCAGAUAAGGUCCCACCAGGACUACGCCAGAGUGAAUAGGGAAAAUUGGGGAAUCGGAAUGGAGCACCAUAAAGGCAACGCCCCCGGGCCCUACCACCACAUGUUCAAUAACGACCUGAACUUCCUGACCCCAAAUAGGGUUAGCAAUCCGGAGACGCAAAGUCCAAAUGUAAGUAACAACCCGGGCAACCCUCACCAGUACAAACAAGGCAAUAAAAUGGUAGAUGCUAAAUAUGAGCAGCUCAAGAACAAAUGGGAACAACCCUCCAGUUAUCUUUACGGGAACCAUGCUCCACCAGGAGGGGCCACUCAGAAGAAUAAAGCCGACCUGUAUGACAACGCAGGGAAGACGAACAAUCCACCAUAUGGAACCCACUUUAACAUGAACACUCUCUAUAGCAACUUUAACAACAAUGCGAAUCAGUGGAAGGACAUGACGGUGCGUCCCUUCCUCAACAGGGAUAGAAUGACCUAUGAGGAAUAUGAAGGCGGAGGUAACUACCACGAUAAUCACUUAGGCGGUCAACACAACGCACCCACCUUUGGGAAGAAUAAACCACCAGACAUCGACGAUAUUAUUAAAAAGUAUACGGCGAAGGAAAAAGAGGAAGAGAAUUUUAAAUUCAAUUGGGGUCACGCAAAAAAUGAAGUGACAGGGGGGGAAGUCUUCAAAGGCGGCAACAAGCAUAUGAACACGAACGAUGGCUACGCCAGGAACUACCUCCCUAGUGAGGACAGAACUGGUAACCACGCGGGUUCCAGCCCUAGUUACUCUCCCCAACAUAAUGUGCUCUAUGGCUUCAAUCAGAACGGGGGCUACCCUCCCAACAACGCUGGCAACGGUACCAAUGUUGCAAAUGUGGCCAAUGUGGCAAAUGUGACAAAUGUGACAAAUGGCGGGAGUGCCCCCCUACUGUACCCCAACUUCUCCUCCCUACGGAAUAAGGAAAAGGACGAGGAAGAAAAAAAAAGAGAAAAAAAAAUCAACCUUUUGAAAAACAUAAUCGUAACGAACCCAAACCCAAAGUACAAUUUUAGCUUCAGUGACGACCUGUUCGAAAGUCUUCCAGCACAUGAAAAUAAUUACCUGAAUACGAGUUCCCUUGCCGACUUUAACCAUGCACCCCAAGGGCAGAACGACAUACUCGGGGAAGGCCUGCAAAACAGGCUAAGUGCACACAACAAUGCGUAUGAAGAUUUUUACACACCGGAAAAGCUGAAUGAGACGCCCGCCAUAACGAACAGACACCACUUCAAGAGCGAAAUCGCCCCGGUGGACGAAGAUUGUUAUGCAGACAUGUUUGGACUGGACCGCCGGGGGGGGGAUCGCGUCGGAAUGGAUCGCUUCGGGGGGGACCACCUUGGAGGACAUAAAUAUGGAGUGGAUAGCUUCCCACGGGACAACCAACCGCAGGACAUGAGGCGCAACGACGAGAACAGCCAGAACGAAAUUCCCAAAUGGGAAUCAAAUAGAAAUUCCAACUACCCAUUAAGGGAUAGAGAUAAAAACGGUAUAAAGUUGUAUGAAGAAAACUUCAAGCAAAGAGGAGGCACCCCCCUUGGCGCUUUUACGAAUAAUACCAGGCUUCACACCAUGACGGAUUUACACCCCAACCGGGAGAAUAAGCCUCCUCCGUUGAUAGACAUGAUGGAAAAUAGAGCUUCUAACUACUUGGGUGAGAAAACCUUUGGCAGACAAAUCGACCAGUAUGGAAAAAUGGGCCAAGGUCAGUUGGAUUAUAUCAGGAAGUUUGAAAAUAACACUCCCCACGUGAGUGAGAAUGUGUUUAGAACGAACGACGGAGGGGGAAGGAACGAGUCGGCAAGACAUUACGGUGGUGCUAAUCAACAUGGGGGCGCUGCCCAACAUGGUGACGCUACGCAACAUGGUGGUACCCCCCACAGAGGAGACGCCUUCUCCAACAUUAACAGUGUGAACAUUUUCAAAACGCACGCCAAGAGUGGCAACCACUACGAGGAGGGAUCUCUGCUCAGUAAGAACCCAAUGAACGAGGCGUCCAAACAAACGAACAGGUACCUCCACGAAGAUGCAACAAAACCCAGCAACAACCUUUUCAACAUGGAAAAUAUUUUCCAAUCGGAGAAGAGAAAUGGCCUGCUUAACGAAGUUGAUAAAUCCCCCUUUGUGAGAAAUGAGGGUUCUUCUCAUAGGUACAUGUUUGAAAGAGAGAGGAAUCCCCAGCUUGAUCUGUCCAUUCGUGAAAAUAAAAACUUCACCUAUAGGGACGACAAAGACAUGAUUCGUCGCCCCUACUUUGAUAAAACUGGGAGAACCUUGUUUGAGCCCUACGAUGACCCAACGUUGAGGACGCGGCAGUAUGAUCAGUUUAAUUCGCACUUGAAUAUUCACUUGGGUAACAAAUGGGAUGCGAAGAAAGGGGGGAAUAAUCGGGACGCUUUCAUAGAGAGAGAUAACUUUAGGAAUAACGUGGAACACCGCCGGGACGACGAUAAUGUGGGCGCCAUCUGCAUGAACAAGAACGAUAAGGAUAAGAAUAACGAUAACGAUAAGGAUGGUUUGUUUCCCAAGUCGAACUUCCACUUCUUGGGUGAGAAGAGGAACUCCACCAACUUUGGUGAAGCCACCACUCCAACGGGGAAAAUACCCACCCGUGAUGAACCCACGAAGGAACACAUAAAUCACAAUUCCCCUUACAACGCACAAAGCAGGGUAAGCAACCCCCCCAACUCUUUAUUUAGCAAUUACCAUUCGGCUGUUAAAAACAACCCCAUGCAUGACAACCCCACGGGUGUUACUUCGAAUCAACAUUGGCUAGGAGGAGCAUUGCACAACUUUACUACCAAGCAACAAAACGACAGUGCCAUCGCAACAGGGCACAAGCACCUUAGAAGGACAAAGUCUUACCUGGACAAUGAGCAGGACGAAAACAAAACGGCUUCGAAUAUGCUCAAGCAGAUUAAUCCCCCGUCGUGGAAGUAUGAAGCUAGCCAACAUGUAGUCAUGCCAAAUUCGAACCUAAAUUUUCAAACAAACUUCAACCAGAUAGACAACGAUGCGAAGAAAAACAUCAUCGGUGGGAACAGAGAUUGUGAGAGUGGUGUGCUGAAUGGAGGUGCCAACUGGGGGGGAAACCACAAUAACUUCGGAACUACCGACGCGAAGGCUUUUCUGGGAAUACUGAACGAGGAACAGAGCAGGUACUCCAAUUUGUUGAACACCGUGGGGAGGUACACCCCGAGGGAUGGCACGGCACAUGGUGGCACGAUACAUGAUGGCAUGAUACGUGAUGCACACAACCCCCUAUCCAACUACACAAACAAAAAGCCCUUCAAUCCAAGCGGCACGCACAACUUCAGCUUCGCCAAGCAGCCCCUGCAGAAGCAACUUCCCCCGCUGCCUUUUAAACACUUGGGGAAGCAGGCCAACCCGGAGGGGGCGGGCCAGACAAAGUUGAAGGCGCUCGAAGGUAUUGGUAGGUUGAAGCUGGGCGAGGCGGGGAGCAGCAACAACCAACUGGCAAGCAACAAUCAUUUGGCAAGCAACAAUCAUUUGGCAAGCAACCACAAUUUGGGCAGAUUCAACCGCGGCCAUCUGGCUAACGAGCCGCACGCCCCCCACAGUGGUAAUGGCAACCUCCUGAAGAACAGUCUAGCCCCGUUCAGGGAGAAGAACAACCCAUAUCUGGGCAGCCUCGCCGAACUAACUCCCUUCGAUAGAUACGGUGACGGCAAGGAUGGGCUACACAGGAGGGGUGAGCUCUUCCACCAUAAAAAUGAUGCGAAAGAUUGUGCGCUGAAAAAUGGGAACGUCAAAUUUAGUGGCUACCUUAGUGGCUACCCCGAGCAGUCCCUCUUCCAUAAUGAGAAAAAUGCACCGAUCAGUAUGGUCAAUAGAAAUGGAAGGAGCAAGUACAUCCACGGGGAGGAUUUAGACAAUCAUUUAGGGGGAGAACCACUUAGUGGAAAACUGCUUGGUGGAAACCCCUUCCUGAACAAGGAGAAGGAAGACGCCCCGAAGGGUAAAUGGCUGAGCCAAGAAAAUUUGAACCUUAGCUUGCUCCCAGAUAAGGGCGACAGGGGAAUUAGGAACUUCAAUUACGAUAGGGACAGACGCAUAUCUCUGAGCAAUAACAUUUCGAUGCUGUUAGAAAGGAUAAGUAACAACUCGGAUAGGAAGACUGGCAUGAAUGACUUCCCUACGAAGCACAGAAGUAGCGAAAGCUCCAACCUCUGCGUCAACAUGGUCAACACGAUCAACACGGUUAACACAGUAAACACAGUAAACUACAACGACAAUCUAAACAUAGACACACAGCAGUUUGUAAUUUCCGACCACCAUGUGUGCAACUUUGGCCUGUGGACAUUAUACAGAUGCAAGUUAAGACACGAUAAGGGCUCCUUCCUUGUGAGCAUCGUAGACUCGUUUUACCUGAACAGGGGGGAUAGCAAUGACACGGUAGCCAACAAUAUUCUGUUCCACAAAAGGCUUAGACAUAUAAACAUUUUAUCCUAUGAAGGGAAGACAGCUGAUAAGAACAAACUGUAUUUACUGUUUGAGCACGUUCAUGGGAAUGUCUUAAAAUCUCAAAGCGCGCCCCUUGAGGAAAAUAUCAUCGCUUCAUACGCGUACCAAAUUGUGGACCUUCUUGAAUACAUGCACGCCAACUUUAUCUUCUUCCACGGCCUGCUGUCCAACAUAAUCAUCCUGCAGAAGAACACCCGGGAGGAGCUGCUGCAAAUUCUGCACGAGCGGAACAAAAACGUGAACAAGUGCUUCGACAUCUACAAGCACGGCAUCGUCAAGGUUUUCAACUUUGACUUCGCGAACAUGGACGCAACCGAGAAGGACUACCAGUUUGACUUCCUCUGUCUAGCUGUGCUCAUAUAUGAGAUGUGCACCAAAUACAACACCUACUAUUCGAGCAAAUUUGAAGACAUAACCGAACGGAUAUACAACACCGACUUUUUUUUCCCGCACUUUGUCUCCUUCGAGUUGAAGAACUUUUGUUACGAACUGUGCUCGAAAAGAAGACACUGCUUUAGUGACCUCAAGAAUCACGCGUGGUUUCAAAAAAAUUUGAAUUUUUAA